AGUACGUUCCAGUCUUCAGUCCUCUCUACAUGACAGUGACUUGUGUAUGUCAGUGGAGCCCCAGUUAGAGACAGACAUGAUACCUGCAGUGGUACUGAUGACCCUGUUGUGGAGCACAGAUCUCCAGGCUCAAAGCGUCAGUCCACCAGCUGAAUACUCAGUCAGACUGGUGGAUGGGACCACUUCCUGUUCUGGGACAGUGGAAGUCUUCAAUGAAGGAGAGUGGUUAGGUCUUUGUACUAGUUGGUGGAGCAUGAUGAUAGAGGUCAGGUUUGUGUGUAGAGAGCUGGACUGUGGAAAUCCUGUAGCUGAAUCUGGAGGACCUCUGCUUGAAGAUGGAAGACGAAGAGUUAUACUAGGUGGUUGCUAUGGAAAUGAGUCUUCUAUUAGACAGUGUGACAUUGUAAGAGGAGGACCUGGUGGCUGUAAUGGUAGAACUUAUCAUCAUGUGACCUGUUCAGCAUCAGACCUUGUAGUUCAGAUGGUACUGAAGUGA